ACACGGGGCACAUAGCGCUUAGAUAUGUUGAUUAUAUUUUGAUCUUUGAAACAUCAGGUUCAUUUAUUUUACUUUGUGUUACAGAAGAAGUCAAAAGAGAGUAUUUUUGUCCUUUACGUGAUCCGUACUUCUGCUUAAGCGCAGGUCAUUAUUAGCAGGGUGAGUGUGACCAGUGUGACUCAUAACAGGUUUACAUUGCAGACGUGAUCCUAUAGAGAAUAAUUUAGAUUUAAAUUAAUCACAUAUGGCUCUCAGAAAGUGUUGGAGGUUUUCAGGGGUUGUCCCGCGGCUGUUAUUAAACAGCACCGUCCGUCCUGGGGCUUCUGUCCCGGGGGGACGCAGCUCUUUGUCCCGCCUCGACAACACUCACCCCGGCUGUACAACUUCAGAGUUGCUGCUCCGCAGGUUCAGCUCAGCGCCACCGAGCACAGAUGUGAGCUACGAGGAGCUGAAGCAGCUUCUGGCCGGCCGGAAGGCUGUAGUAAUAGAUGUCAGAGAGCCCUGGGAGCUGAGAGAGUACGGCUUCAUCCCAGGGUCAAUUAAUGUUCCCCUGGGACAGGUGAACACCGCCCUCCAGCUGGGUGCAGAAGAGUUCAAAGAAAAGUAUGGUGGUGAAAUGCCCGGGGCGAAAGAUAACAUUGUGUUCACCUGCCUGGCAGGAAUCAGGAGCAAGACCGCUCUCGACACGGCCGCCUCGCUGGGAUACAAAGAUGUUCAGCAUUAUCCGGGUGGAUGGCAAGACUGGGUGAAAAAUGAACAACAUAACUGAUCCAGGGAUAACAGAUCAGAAAAAACUUAUCUAUGCAAAUGACUACUACAACUGUACAUGGGUAAAAAUGCUGGCUUCCAUUGGAUAAUAUAAAUAGUUCAGCCUUUCAAGUUGAUGUAUUGUAAAUAUCACAUACUGUGUUGCUCAUAGAUGCAGCAGUCAGUGCAAUUGUUGCCAAGACCAUUCAAUGAAUAAAAUUAUAGUUUUGAUUUAAAAUUA